CUUAAACGAAUGUUAACGGAGUAAACCAUAUCAUAAAUAUAACAUUUAAAUACUAUGUUCAUGUAUGUUGUACUUCUAAAGGUUAUACUAACUCGACUUCAAAAUCAUCAGUCUUGAAAUAUUCAGGUACUAACGUACCGGGCUGUGAUCAAAUAGAUCGAGGAGUACAACUGUGUUGCAUACGUGAUUUGAAAAGCUCGCCAAUGAACAACAAACACUUCAUAUAUACGGAUAGUUUAAUAAACUGUUUCCUUAGAUUAAGUCGUAAACUAAUUGACAAUUUAAAGUUGACGCCGAUCGUGCAUCACAAUUUCAUUGUUAAACAUGGAUACAUUUUACUUUCUCAGUUUGGUGUUUUCGGCCAUUGUCAUUAAAGGUGCGUGUGAGCGGUGUUACGAGUGCACCACGCUGCGAGAUGGGAAGGGGUGUGGCGACACGUUCAUGGCUUCGACCGCCCACAACCUCAACAUGUCCACUCCCGCCGACUGCCUCACGUGCGGCAAGAUAGCCUUUUUUGUAGGCAGUGUGAAAGUGGUAGCGCGGAUCUGUGAGCGGCAGUGGCAGGCGACGGCCUGCUACCACAGCUCGGCUACAAGCAAACGGGGAUCUUCCGACGAGUGCUACUGCAACUCAGAUCUCUGCAACACUUCCGGCCGCCUGGUUGCCUCCACGGGGACGUUCGCAAUUCAUAUUAUUCUCGGAGUUGCCUACUUGAAGUUCCUUUACUGAUGAUAUAUAGCCAGUAAUCUAUUUCACCACACGUCCGUUCUCAUUAUUUUCCCAAUCGGGAAGAAAGCGAUCGUAUUUUUCAACGCUAACAAUACACGGAUUUAAAUACAAUAUAUUUUUUUAAUCUUCAUUACAAUAGUUACAAAUUACUUAUCAAAGCGCUGGAAGCACUUGGAGUAUUCACUACAUUGACACAAGUGAACAUGCAUUUGAAUGAAAGGCCGGUAUUCUAUGUUCACGAUUUCCGCAUCCGUAUUCUGCACAUGUUUCACACAUCUUCAUUCCAAAACGGACGCCGCGCGAAUGCGGAUUGGAUGCAUGUGUCAGGCUCCGGACAUAUGGAAUGGAUUAAACGAGGAACUUCUGAGUUCGGAGGAGCUGGAUAAGGACAGCUGCGAAAAUGACCUGCAUCAGGGAAAAACAAGCUCGUAUAAGAGGCAGCACGAGGAGGACAACGGCGCGGGCGACAACAUUCUCAAAAAGAAGGGGAUAUUUCUCCGGAAGCUGAGCUUUAGGAAAAAAAGUUCUAAAAGCAAACGUAAGAAGACUUCACAUGACGAGAUUCCUGAGUUAGUAACUGAUACAGACGAGGGACAGAGAGUCGAGGAAGACGUCGAAGAAUUCGACACUCGAUAUUGUUUUGACGAGUCCGAGAUUGGGCAGUGGAAAGGCAUGAUAAAAGCCCACUACGCGAAGAAAGACGCCAGGCCAAAAUGCAUGGGUUGUGGAAAACGCUUCAACGUCAAGAGACGGCCCUUCCAUUGUCGGCGUAGGUGCGGAGAUGUUUUCUGUCAGAAGUGCGUGAGUUACAAACGGAAGCUGAACCGACUGGCGCGUCCGGACCCGUCGGGCAAACUAAGAAAGGUAUGCAAGCUGUGUUUUGACGAAGAUGCGCUAACAGACGGAUGCACGAGAAGUUUGACGCCAGAGUUUGAGCGCGAGCGUACGGUGGCACGGUACGCCCGCGUCAUUACACAGCGGGUUGAGGCCUUGACUAACACUUUCUGGAGGGACGAGUUGGAUAUCCGCGGCGAGUGCGAACGGCUUUUGAGUGGUUUCCAGAAGAGUGUGUGCCUAUCGGAGGCCCGGAAGGUGAUACAUGAUCUCCGGGGAGCCAUCAAAACACCUGACUGGCAGAAAUCCCGGUCAUGGCUAGUGGAGAAACAGAAUGGGCAGUGUCGGAAGUGCAAGUGCUCCCUUGGCGUCCACAGGAGCAUGGCAAGUUGCCGCGUAUGUGGCCUGGCGCAGUGUCGGAAGUGCUCACACCGGGAGCUCCUUCUCUACUACCCGGAUGAUCGGCUGGAGGCUCCAGACGCCACACCAUGCAUGGCCGUCAUCAACGUAGUCGGGAGUCCUGCAGUAGAGCCAACGAUUUCAUUGUUGUUAUACAUCUGCGGCGAAUGCCGGGAAUACAUCUGUCAGCAACAGAAGCAACGCAUUGACUGGCUUUGUGAUGUAAACACCAACAAUGUUAUGGAAACACUAAUUGCCAUGGAUACUGUUUUUAACUUUCUCACUGAAAAUAUCAUGUCAAAUCUGUCAAACUUUCAGACUAAAGUUGAGACAUGGUUAUCCAAUGGUAAAACACAGGCAAACAGAACUCAUCUGGAUAGUCUGUCUGCCAAGUUUGCUGCCUAUGAGAAGCACUUCAAGGACCUGAAAUCCCUACAGCAUAAAGUAGACUCUCCUAUGCAAAAAACGCUGCUAAGGAAUUAUACAAAAGCCAAAUAUGAUGUUUUCAUGGAAAGCAGGCACACGUUCAGAAAACUUCAGAACAAACUUGAAUGGAAAUGACCUACAUUUCUUGACUUUCUUUGUAUGGCUGAUCAUUAAAUAGUAAAGACCAGA